CGGUCACGCUGUUGGGUCUUCUGUCACGAGCCUUAUCCAAGCCGCGGAGUGGAGGCUGGAGAAUUAGAACGGAGAAUUAGAACGGACAUCAAUUAUACAGGACGUCUUAUUUACCAAAUUUAGUGCGCGAGAAAGAGAACAGGGCUGUAAUUUCAUAUCGCUACGUGGCAAUUAAAACUCUCUACUAAGUUAUUCCGGUCAACCGGUGAUGUAUUCCAGUAUUUGAAUGAUAUUGCUAGCCAGCUAGCUAGCUAGCUGUUAAGCUAGCUUUACGGUGCGUGACUCGAAGUAACUCAACGUUAUAUUCUCGGACGUUAUUUUCAUUAGCACACCUGGACGCAUUCAUCAUAGAAACAUCCAAAUAGUGGAUGUUUUUUUACUGAAGUACCUUUACUGUGGGAGUUAUGCGUGUAGGUUAUAAUCGUAGCUAGAUAAGGAUUGAAUGAAAUAACGUUAGCUUGCUAUAGCCAGCGGAAACGAGCCAGUUAACAGGGAUAACGUUAACUUAUCCUGCUGCUGGUUGAUCCACCGCCAUUCAGCUAAUCUAGCAAAUGCUAUCGGAGCUAGCCACCCACAAGCACACAGUGAGCUUGUUAGGUAACAGUCAAUUAUAAAGUUCUAGUGAACGGAACUGCGAAGUAGCUAGCUACAACCAAACGUCAAGUUGGCCAUCUUCCACUCUAGUCCAGUGUAAAAAGCUGACCGACGUCAGUUCGUUUUUACGGAUAAGGCCGGGGUGAGGACAAACCUGCAAACAUGCCGGCUGUGUCGAAAGGAGAUGGAAUGCGCGGAUUAGCUGUUUUCAUCUCGGACAUUCGAAACUGUAAGGCUACCUGUUCAUCUCAGUGCUGGUUAACAGCAACAGUGAGUUGAUCCGUCUGAUCAACAACGCCAUCAAGAAUGACCUGUCCAGCCGCAACCCCACCUUCAUGUGCCUGGCACUUCACUGUAUCGCGAACGUCGGAAGUCGCGAGAUGGCUGAGGCCUUUGCCAGUGAGAUCCCUCGGAUCCUGGUUGCUGGUGAUACGAUGGACAGCGUGAAACAGUCAGCUGCCCUGUGUCUGCUGCGGCUCUAUAAGACCUCUCCUGACUUGGUGUUGAUGGGUGAGUGGACGUCACGCGUGGUGCACCUUCUCAACGACCAACACAUGGGUGUGGUGACAGCAGCCAUCUCUCUGAUUACCUGUCUGAGCCAGAAGAAUCCAGAUGAGUUCAAGACCUGUGUUUCCCUGGCCGUUUCCCGACUCAGCAGGAUUGUGUCGUCGGCCUCCACUGACCUACAGGAUUACACCUACUACUUUGUCCCAGCACCGUGGCUCUCCUGCAAGCUGCUGCGCCUGCUGCAGUGUUACCCUCCCCCAGAAGAUGGUGCUGUCAAGGGCCGAUUGGUAGAGUGUCUGGAGACCAUCCUCAAUAAGGCCCAAGAGCCACCCAAGUCCAAGAAGGUGCAGCACUCCAAUGCCAAGAAUGCUAUCUUGUUUGAGGCUAUCUCACUUAUCAUCCACUAUGACAGUGAGCCAAACCUGCUGGUGCGAGCCUGUAACCAACUGGGCCAGUUCCUGCAGCACAGAGAGACUAACCUGCGCUACCUGGCUCUGGAGAGUAUGUGUACUCUGGCCAGCUCUGAGUUUUCACAUGAAGCCGUCAAGACACACAUCGAGACCGUCAUCAACGCCCUCAAGACUGAGAGGGAUGUGAGUGUUCGACAGAGGGCAGCUGAUCUGCUGUAUGCCAUGUGUGAUCGCAGCAAUGCCAAGCAAAUCGUAGCCGAGAUGCUCAGCUAUCUUGAGACAGCAGACUACUCCAUCAGAGAGGAGAUGGUGCUGAAAGUAGCCAUACUUGCAGAGAAGUAUGCUGUGGAUUACUCCUGGUACGUGGACACCAUUCUCAACCUCAUCCGCAUUGCUGGUGACUACGUCAGUGAAGAGGUGUGGUAUCGCGUCAUUCAGAUCGUCAUCAACCGAGACGAUGUGCAAGGCUAUGCCGCCAAGACGGUCUUUGAGGCUUUGCAGGCCCCUGCCUGCCAUGAGAACAUGGUGAAGGUUGGAGGCUACAUUCUUGGAGAGUUCGGUAACCUCAUUGCUGGUGACCCACGCUCCAGCCCCCUGGUCCAGUUCAACCUUCUCCACUCCAAGUUCCAUCUGUGCUCUGUGCCAACUCGUGCCCUGCUGCUGUCAGCCUACAUCAAGUUUAUCAACCUGUUCCCAGAGACAAAGGCCACCAUCCAAGAGGUUCUGCGCUGCGACAGUCAGAUCCGCAAUUCGGAUGUGGAACUGCAGCAGCGUGCUGUUGAAUAUCUGAAGCUUUCUUCCAUCGCUAGCACCGAUGUCCUGGCCACUGUCCUGGAGGAAAUGCCUCCGUUCCCAGAAAGGGAAUCCUCAAUCCUGGCUAAGCUGAAGAAGAAGAAGGGGCCCGGUGCUGUAUCUGUGACAGAGCUGGAAGACAGCAAAAGGGAGGGCGGGGAGUUGAAUGGAGGGGGCGACCGGGGGCCAGACACAGCAGCCAUGGCUGCCUCCAAUGCUUCCACCCCGUCACCAUCAGCAGACCUCCUCGGGAUUCGUUCUGCUGCUCCUGUUGGUGCUGCUCCGGCCAGUGCUGGCAGCCUAUUGGUAGACGUGUUCUCUGAGGCAGGGCCUAUCGCACCUUCUGCUGCUGUGAAUGACGACGGCUUCCUAAGAGAUCUGGAACAGCCCACCGAGACCUCUGAUUCCCUAUUGGUGGAGGGUUCUGGUGACUCGGACUCUGCUCCUCCCUCUGAGGAUCCUGCUCCUCCUCUGUCUGAGGCAGACGAACUUCUCAACAAGUUUGUGUGCAAGAACAACGGGGUUCUGUUUGAGAAUCAGCUGCUGCAGAUUGGCAUCAAGUCAGAGUAUCGUCAGAAUCUGGGGAGAAUGUACUUAUUCUACGGCAACAAGACGUCAGUGCAGUUCGCCAGCUUCACCACCACAGUCAGCUGUCCUGGAGAGCUGCAGUCUCAGCUCAAUGUUCAGACCAAACCAGUGGAACCGCUGGUAGAGGGUGGAGCCCAGAUCCAACAAGUCCUUAACAUCGAGUGUCUGACUGACUUCUCUGAUGCCCCACUGCUUAACAUUAAGUUCAGAUAUGGUGGAGCUCUGCAGAACCUGACCCUCAAGCUGCCCGUCACCAUCAACAAAUUCUUCCAGCCGACAGAGAUGACCUCAAGUGACUUCUUCCAGCGCUGGAAACAGCUUAGCCAGCCUCAGCAAGAAGCACAAAAGAUAUUCAAGGCCAACCACAGCAUGGACACUGAAGUACUUAAGGCUAAGCUACUGGGACUAGGAACGGCCCUGCUGGACAACGUCGAUCCAAACCCAGAGAACUACGUGUGUGCUGGAGUGAUCCAGACCAAGGGCCAGCAGGUUGGCUGUCUGCUAAGACUGGAGCCGAACGCCCAGGCACAGAUGUACCGUCUGACUCUGCGCUGCAGCAAGGACUCCGUGUCCAGGCGUCUCUGUGAGCUGCUGGCCGAACAGUUCUAGAGCUUAGACCUCUACCAGUACUCCCACCAUCCCCACCAGCGACCUCUCCCUCGAGCCUUCCUGCCGCACCUCUCCUACUCCCUCCAACAAAGAAUCUUUGAGUAAAAAAAGUUGUAACCUACAUAAGGGAAAAAGCAGCCACUGCUAGCAGCAGCGGCCAUAUUAUUAUCAUUAUUCUUGUCCCACAUUCUGAUUCCAGUUCAUCUUCUACUUGUUUAUUAACAUGAUGCUACAUUCUUGAUUUUGUUGGUGUUUACCUGUGUAGCUGGUGUGUGUGCGCGUGUGUGUGUGUGUGUGUGUGUGUGUCUCCCAUGGUUGUGCUGGGGUCCCAUUCUGACAGCUGUGUCGUACUAAUACUGUGUGUGUGUGUGAUUGAGUGAGAUUUCAUUUGAAUUGGUAGAACAUUCCUUGAAGCAAAAUGGGUGCAGCUGUUUAUCUAAUAUAAUGUACUCAUCCCCUCCCUACACACACAGUCACAGACACACACACACACACACAUACACACACAUCAGUAAAAGGCCUCCUUGUGGUUCUGGUGGGACCCACUGAUGAAGUGAGCCCUGAGGGUCCAGCACUCUGAUCUCUGCAUUCAUUUUCAUCAAUCAUUCCCAUUGAAAAUGCGCAUAAGGCGUUGGGAUCCUCUUUGAGGCCCUCCAGCAUGAGAUCCCCCCUUUACUUUAUCUCUGGAUGACCUGAUUCCUCUUCCCUGUAAUGAGUAGCCCUUCAUUUCAUUUCUGUCAGUUAGUACACUUGUUUCUGUUAUUGAUGUAUAUGUAAAUAUGCGCCAGUGUAUUGCUUUAUUGCUUUCUGAGACAUUCCCAUCUUGCUUGUUUAGAAAGCCUGUGAUUAUCUAUCCCAAGCCUGAGUAGGAGGAUGGCACAGAGUGGACACUAUGUAGACGGCGGAUACAGGGGUAAGACUUGUCGUGUUAUAACAGUCUCAUCCCCUGCCUGGAAGAUAUUUCAGGUGCAAAGCUUAGGGAAGUGUCUAUGAGCUGCUCUUUACUGGAGGCGGGGAACUUCAGUAUCAGAUGUAUACAUGGCAAGCCAGCCUCAUAGUUCUCAUCAGUGCGGUCUUUCUCUCUUGUGAAACUGGAACAUUUGAAAACACCUCUGAUAAAACAGACAUUUCACCUUGGUGCGGCUCGUUCAAGUAAGUCUUUUAAGUGCAUCUUCUUUUCUAGGGAAAGAGAAGGUGAGAAAUAUUUCUGAACAGCAGGCAAGAACACUUAGGUGACAAGGACUAACAAGUUCCCACCGCCGAUGAAGAGCUGUCCACAGCUUGCUUCCCUUAGCUGUUCAACAGGAAGCCCCUACAUGUUAGUGAUCAUGGCUCUGGAGGUUGAUGGUACUGGCUUGGGUUGCUGCGCCAGUAUCUAUAUAGAUUCCUACUGAUUUUCUUUCUGAAGAAGUGCACAGCCUUAGCUAUGAUCAGAGUAGGGCACAAAUAGAUGCACCAUAAUUAUCAAAGUAUAAAACAGUUUUGUUUUCCGGCAGUGUAUAUCCGAACAGAUGAUGCUGCAGCAAUUAAAUCUUGCACCAACACAUGAUCUCGUUCAAAGGCUGGACAGCGAGAUUAGAUCUGAUAUACACACGUACACGUUCAUAUUCCUGCUCCUCCACCCAAACAUUUAUGUUAGAGAUCAAUGCUAACAUGUGAUUCACACACAACCACUACAGUAAAUGUGGAGAAAACACAGAUGUUCAACAACUUGAAAAUGUUUAGAUCCACAGCUCUCUGACUCCUCCCAGGCUUCCUCUCACGUACAAGCACUGAUGUCGUGGGAGAGGACAGGAUGUAAGACAACCAGAUGUCCAUUACAACUACAAGGGGCUCUGUAUAUGUGUGUGAAUGUGAGUGUGGCUGUAAGGAGGAAAGAAAAAAAAAAAAAGCCUAAAGACAUUUCUAAUACAUGGUCACAUUACAUUCUGUGGCUGCACGGCAAUCACAGGACAUUGAACUUUGUAGUGGAAAAUGUAGUCAUUUUGUCAUUCUGUGAGUGUGUGUAUGUGAGUUUGUGUGUGUGUCUAUGCAGUAUCCACUAGCUAAUGCAGCCUCAUGUAUCGGUGUUAAGAACCUGUCCAAUACCUGUGUUAGAAUUAAGAUUUACUCUGUAAUGAAAAAAUGUGAAAGUAAAACUAUGCCAUAUAUCCAA